CAUGAACUGCGCGAACUGGAGCGUACGCUGACGCAUCAGAUCGAGUCGGCCGAGGCCAGUCGCUCUUCUGGCCGAAUUCCUUACGCCAGCGGGCCACUCGCUCGCCUAGGCAGCCAUUUGGGCCCAAAGGCUCGAGGAGCCGCUGGUUCGCCCUCAAGCGCCGGCACCGGUGCCGACGUCUUCGCUCGUGUCAACAGUCUUGGCGGUGGCAGCGGAGGCGCCUCCCUCUCGUCGACGCCCUCCCUCCCGAACGGAGCUUCGGCGACGCCGCCGGCUCCGCUCAGUCCGUCCGGUCAAGCCGGAGUCGGCUCGCCUCUGUCGACCGGUCUCGAGCUAGCCGGCAGGCCCGGCCCGGCCAGACCGGGCCGCGUCUACUUGAGAGGCGCCGCGACUCGAAUCGACAGCCUCGCUGGCGGCUCGGCAAAGGCGACUGCCGGGACGACCGCUGUUAGCGGCGGCGCCGGGGCACCGCUAGGCAGUCAGGCGGCCUCCGAGGCCAAGGAUCAGCCGCGUCUCGACGCCGACCGGUACGACGCGUCGAGAGCCACCCGGAAGCCGGGCCAAAUGGAGAUCAUUUGUCGCUCCUGCAUUGCAGGGCCUUUCGAAAAGGAGUCCGAACUGCAGGACCACAUUGACCAGUUCCACUCGAGCCAGUUGGAGUCGCGUUGGGCCCAACUACGACAGAAAGGCGAUCUGGGCGAAAUGAUCGACCCUCUGCGGACCUGUUUUCAGUGCUACCGAAUCAUGGACAAUCAAGUGGCUUUUCAGGUAGGCCGGCGGGUUCGGUUCUUUAAAUUAACUCUAAGCCAGGAAGGCUAUAUAUAUAUAUAUAUAUAUGGAUAUGGAUAG